GGACAGCCGAUGGAUUAUCACGCUUUACAGCUUCUACACCAUUAUCCAGAUGAUCGUGUACUAUUUGUUUAUGAUUUCGGAAAUUUUGGACAUCGUUUGGGUGGCGGAAAACGUCCAACAGAUUUCGGAAAACAUGGUCCAGCUGGUCAAUAUCGUCAACGUGUCGCAAAAGAUCCUGACUAUGAUCUUCAGGCGCAAGAGAAUCCUUGAUUUCAUGGACCUGUUCGAGGACGAGAUUUGCGCGCCUUCGACGCCCCUAGAAGAGGCCAUACAGAAGAAAACCGACGAUCAGUCCUGCGCAAAUUCGAGACGAUUGUUCUGCCUCUACACGACCUCGGUGGUAAUGGUCGUUUACAUGCCGUUCUUUAUAAACCCGGUGGAGGCCCGUGUGCUGGCCUACCGCGGCUGGAGGCCCUACGUCAUCGACACGAACUGGAAGUACUAUCUGAGCUAUCUGCACCAGAGCUGGGCCGUGACGAUCGCCGCGACGACCAACGGCGCCAUCGAGACCCUCAUGAUGGGCUUCAUGGCGAUGAUAUGCGCCCAGUUCGAGAUGAUCGAGGAGCGCUUCAAGCGACUGCCCGACGCGCUGAACGAGUUCCGGGCCGAGGGCGCCGACGAGGAGCAGCUACGGCUGCGCGAGAAGCGGCUCAUCGUCAAGCUGGUGAAGAAUCAUUUGCGCCUUUACGAACUGACCCAAUUAUUCAACGACAUCUUCUUCUUCAUCAUUCUGUCGCAGUUCAUCGCGAGCAUAUUUGUUCUGUGCGUGACGACCUUAAGUUUGGCCCUGACCAAGAACUUCAAAGAUUUCCUCACCAUUUUUUUGUACAUUCUCUGCAUGCUCUUGCAAAUAUUCAUCUACACCUGGUACGGAAAUGAAAUCACUAUAAGGAACAGCGAUUUGGGCAAUAAGAUUUUUCUCAUUGAUUGGAGAUCGCUGACACCUCAGGGGCAUAAAUUUCUUCUGAUGAUAGCCCUGCGCACAACCAAACCCAUUGUUUUGAGCGCUGGACACGUGAUUACCCUUUCGAAUUUGGCAUUCACCAGUGUUCGUGGUUUUUAUGAUCGAAUUUGUAAAUCGUCUUACUCCGUGUACAACGUACUCACGGUAGUGAAAGAGGAGCCUAGCGAUGCGGCCGCGCUUAAUGAAAAUGAUUCUGGAACGAUGGACGAGAAACCCGAUCUGAAAAACUUUCAACCCUUAGCAUUUCCACCAGAAAAUUUAACCUUUCAUAAAUGUGACAAAAAUUAUGAACGUGAACUUGAAGACAAUAUGAAAAUAGUUUUUGAAUGUGAAGAUGUAAAGCCCAAAAUGAAUUCAUCAGCAAUUAAGAAAAUUGAAGAUUAUUCUUUAAGUCAUGUAAAAGAUGUCGAUGGUUGCAAAACUCAAAACAUAGUUAAAAUAGAAACUUCAAAGGAAUUGAAAAAGGAAUUUUUUGGUGACGCUGUAGAAGAAUCCAAUGUGAAUUUCGGGUUUGUCAUUGGAAAAGUAGAAUACCGUUGGAAUAAUAUACUAAUUCUCAUUUUCACGAAAAUCAUGAAACUCUUGGGAUCGUCGUUUUUAAUACUCGAAAUCCUCGGAUUUUGGAGGCCGAAUCGAUGGCGAUCGAGAGUCGCGACGAACAUCUACAGCGUCUACACGAUCGUCAUGGUCGGUAUGGUUUGCAUGUUCGCCGUGUCGGAGAUGCUUCUCAUAAUGACCAUCGACGACGUGAGAACUCUCACGAUGAAUCUGUUCAUGGCGCUGUCGAUCGUGAACGGCGUCUUCAAACUCGCCAACAUACUGUCGCGCAGGACUGGCAUACUGAAGCUGAUGGAUCGACUCGUGCGCGAGCCGCUGGCUCAAACGAACGAGAACGAGGCCGCGAUUCAACGGGACCACGACGCAAAAGCGAAAUCGAACACGCACUUGUAUCUGCUCAUGGUUCAAUCUAGCGUGACGAUGAUAACGCUGCAGUCUCUCGUCGUCGACCUGCCCCGGCGCAGUCUGCCCUUUCCGGCCUGGCAUCCGUACAAUUAUUCCGGCUCCGCGAACGUCUACGCGCUGACUUACGCCCACCAGCUGCUGGCCAACUGCGCCACGGCGCUGCUGCACGUGGCCAACGACACCCUCGUAAUGGGUCUGAUGAUACAGAUUUGCUCUCAAUUCGAGAUUCUCAAGUGUCGCCUCGGAGCGAUCGCCGUCAACGAUAGCGGCGGCGAUUACGAAUCAUUGAAGUCCGCCGUGGUUCACCAUAACUCGAUAUUGAAGUUUGCCGAAGACGUGGGCGAUGUCUUUUCGAUCUCGUUAUCUGCCGAAUUUUUCAUAUCGGUGAUGGUAAUUUGCUCGAGCGUUUAUCUGUUGUCAGGCAUGUCCCUCUUCAGUCCAGAUUUUAUAUCGCUGCUCUUGUACUUGAGCUGUAUACUCGUUCAGAUAUUCGUUUACUGCUGGUACGGAAAUUCUGUGUCUCUGAAAAGUUUAGAGAUAACCGACGCCGUAUUUGCCAUGGAUUGGACUAAGCUAGAUACGAAAAUACAGAAGAGCCUUCAGUUGAUUCAAUUGAGAUCGCAGAAGCCGUUGGAAUUAAAAACCACUCGCAUUUUCACUUUGUCGACCGUUUCGUUCGCAAAGACGGCCUACGAUCUGUACUCGGGCCUCAUGUUCGUGCUGAUCUGGUCGUUCACGCUCAGCCACCUGAUCGACAUCGCGAUCACCGCCGAGAGUUUCGAGAGCUUGACGGGCAGCUGCUUCAUGCUCCUGUCGAUGCUCAACGUGUGCUGCAAAAUGACCAACAUCCUGUACUUUCGCGGCGACAUUCUGGAUCUGUUGGCCAUACUGGCGGCCGAUCGUUGCAAGGCUCGGGACGAUCGAGAGCUCGAGUUACAGGAAAAAUUUCACUCGAGAGCCAAAAUCGAUCGCGCGCACGUUAUAUAUAGAUUCGUCGCGCUGUGCUACGGCGGCCUGACCGAGACCACCUGCACGCUGAUAACUCUGCGCACGUUCUUCGGCGCGGCCAGCCGAGCGCUGCCCUUCAAGGCCUGGAUGCCGUACGACGCCGGGGCCAGCCUGGCCGGCUACUGGCUCACCUUCGCCCACCAGACGGUGGCGCACUGCGGCGCGGCCAAUCUGCAGAUCGCCAACGAGACCCUCGUCUGCGGACUGAUGAUACAGGCCUGCUCGCAGCUGGAGCUGCUCAAGCUGCGCCUGGCGAGUCUCGGGGCCCGCGAGUCGGAUGAAAGAGACGGCGGCGGCGGUGGCGAUGGCGCGUCGUCAUCGAGACGCCUGAUCGUCGAGACUUUCGAGCAUCAUCGAAAAAUAACCGAGUUCUGCCGCAAGCUCAACCGAACGUUCAACGUCACGCUGUUCGUGCAGUUCGCCAUAAGCUCGCUCGUGCUGUGCUCCUCGGUCUAUCUGCUGUCGAAAAUGCGAAUGGGUAGCGUGCAGUUCAUGUCGCUGUCGCUCUACGUGUCCUGCAUGCUCUAUCAGAUCUUUUUGUUCUGCUGGUACGGCAACGAGGUGAUGUUGCAGGUAUAUAAUAUAGAGUCCAUUUUAACCAUCAGCGUGAGGAACGCCCUGUACCAGGUGAACUGGCCGAAAAUGCCGAUCGACGAGAGAAAAAUGCUGGUUACGUUUAUGAUGCUCGUGCGCAGGCCGAUCGUGUUUACGAGCAGUUUCCUCGUUACGCUGUCCAUCGAUUCCUACUGCCGAAUUUUGAGAACGUCCUAUUCGGUAUUCAAUCUGCUUCAACAGACUACCUAAGCGUGAGAUCUCCGCAGUCGAAGAAGAAUAGAUAUGGUUGCAUCUUACGUCG